UCAUGUGACCAGGUGGAAUUUCAAUAUGGCUGCUGGGACUUCGAAUUUCGUUCUACUUCGAGAAUUUUUCGUAAUUUUACUGUAAGAUCAACUUAAAAUUGCAGAAUGUCUUCAUCUGGUGACCACUUAGAGACAGUAGAGGAGUUAAGACAAGAGAUCGAACGCUUACAGAAUGAGCUGUCGGAAACUACUCAGGAGAAAGUGCAAGCUGCUGAAUACGGAUUGGCAGUGUUGGAGGAAAAACAGCUUCUGCAAGCUCAAGUUGAGGAAGUUGAGAGCUUAUACGAAGCAACAAAACACGAACUAGAAACAGUGAGAGGGAAACUUGACCAACUUCAAGUGUCCCAGAAGAAGCAGAGUCAGGUUGGAGUGAGACAUGAGGAAAGUCUUCUACACGAGACGGUCACCAGGGAGGAAGAACUACAGGCCUACAUACGGGAGCUGGAACUGGACUGCAAGGCAGCCAAACAGGCUUUUGAAAGGCUAAAGACAGAGAAUGAGCGCCUCCAGGCCUUGUCUAAUGAGCUAUCCCAGCAGGGAGAGUCUACACAGAGCCAGUGUGCACAGCUGCGGAAAGAGAACAAGGAACUGAAACAUCGAGAAAAUCGCAAUCUCACAGAUUAUGCAGAGCUGGAAGAAGAGAAUGUUUCGUUGCAGAAACAGGUUCUUCAGCUUAAGCAGGCACAGGUGGAUUACGAAGGCAUGAAACACGAGCGCAAACGUCUCCAGGAGGAUGUGGAGUAUCUUACUGCUCAGGUGGAAGAAAUGGCACACCUGAAAAACAUUGUGGAAAAAAAUCUAGAAGAGGCCCUCGCUGCAGUUCAGCUUGAGCGUGAACAGAGGCACUCUCUGAAAAAAGAACUCGAUCAGCGCAUUGAAAAUGAAAGGUUAAAACUGAUGCAGAGUAGUUACAAUGCCCAAUUCAGUGGACUGGAUUUUAAUGAUGGUUUCAAACUCGGUGGCCAUGAUGAAAACAACCACGAGUUUGAGAUCGAUCACAACAGUGAUCAGCCAGCCCUGAAAAGGAUCGAGGCAGACUUUUUAGUGUCGACACCAAAAAUUGCCCCUGUUACGCCGGUCCAGGGGGACCUGUUCAGCGAGAUCCACCUCACAGAGGUGAGAAAGCUGGAGGAGACCCUGGAACAGACUGAACUGGAAAAAUCAGAGAUUUCACGGAAUUUUGAAGAAUCUCAAUCACAGCUGGAGGAGCUAAAAAAGGAAUUGGAACUUCAAAAGGAGAAGGUUCAGUCCCUUCAGGCCCACAUUAAUGCAGUGUCCACUGUCCAAGAUGCCAAGUCCCUGGUGGCUGAGCUGGACGACAUGGCAAUCGUUGACGGGGACGAAAACAUAGAGGGUAUGACAGAAAGUGAGAAAGAAAUUCACCAGCUCAGAAAAGCACUUCGUAAACAGGAACUCCAAUACUCCACUGCUGUGCAGCAAAUAAAUGAACUUCAGGCAGCCAUGACAGGUGUCAAAGCUGCCGAUUCUGGCGAUGACCAAAAGGAUGCAAUGUCAAAGCUCCAGUCUAAGCUUAGGGAGUACGAAGACACCAUGCAAAAUCUCCGAUCUGACCUCAGUGCUGCGACAGGUGUUCUGGGUAAUACUCAAGAGGAGCUGAUUCGCGUGGUGGAGGAACUGGCACAGCUGUAUCACCACGUGUGUGAAGUGAACGGUCAGACGCCGAGCAGGAUAAUGCUGGAGCACAUCAAGGGAAUGAGCAGUUUCACUCGCAGGGACAGCAGCAAGGAUCUGGAGGAAAGCGGCAAAGAGGGUUCUCCUGCUGAUGCUUCUGAGAAUGCAGACAACAAAGGUGACUCCCAGCAGCCAAAGAAAAAGGAAGAAGAGUCUUCUUCCAGCAGUUCUGCUCCAUCAGGAGACCCCAUGGCAUGCUGCAAGCUGACAGAAACUCUGCAAGACCAGGUGAAGCACCUGAGUCGCGCUGUCAAACGCACAAUAGAGGCAGCACAGAAGAACAAAGACGGCGAUAACAUGACGUCUGACGUCGAAGAGCUCCAGGACCAGAUUGUGAAACUCAAAGCCAUGUUGUCCACCAAAAGGGAACAGAUUGCUACGCUGCGCAGCGUCCUCAAGGCCAACAAGAACACCGCAGAAAUCGCCCUCCAGAAUCUCAAGUCCAAGUACGAGAACGAGAAGUCCAUAGUGACCGACACCAUGAUGAAGCUGAGGAAUGAACUGAAGGCAUUGAAGGAGGAUGCUGCCACAUUUUCCUCCCUGCGCGCCAUGUUUGCUCAGCGUUGUGAUGAGUACGUCACACAGCUAGAUGAGAUGCAGCGCCAACUGUCCGCAGCAGAAGAGGAGAAAAAGACCCUCAACUCCCUCCUGAGAAUGGCAAUACAGCAGAAGUUGGCUCUGACUCAGAGACUGGAGGACCUGGAGUUUGACCGUGAGCGUCGCAACGUGCGCAGCCGCCAGGGAGGGCGAGGAAAACCCAGCGGCAGAGUAAGUCACAACAGUCACUCUCCUUACGAUGACCGUCAUGCACGUUAUCCCAAACGGGACUACUAACCUCCUUCUGCUGUAGGUCCACAGUGAUGGUGGUUGGUUAACGAUGAACUGACUUAUAACCCAUGCCCAGUGUCCAGCCGUGGUCAGUCUCCUGCCACUGACCUGAACAGUAGUUGAUUGUUGGCUCUCAGUUGAGGUGCCCAUAACACAUUUCGAGAGUUUGGUCUUAGUUAGGUUUUUCUUUUUCUCAUGCAUUCGUUUGCCGCAAAUGUAAGAUAUGCCAGUUUUGCCGGUGGCUAAUGAGGAGACCAGACUCUUUUAUAUUUCGGUUGGUGGCACCCGUCUCUGAUUGAGCCAGAGAAGAGGAAGGCUGGAGGGGUGGCGAGAUGCUCUUAAACCUGAGGAGAUUAGAAAGCAAGGCAUAUUAGUUUUUUGCAAGUCAUUGUUACAUCAUUGUGUAAGCAGAGAAUAUCACUACCAUAGUAGUCAUUAACUAAACGCUUAUGACUAAUAUAUGAAUGAAUGUUUUCACUUUGUAAAUACAGACCAGUUACUUAAUUUGUGAAAUAUUUUGAUUUAGACUUGCCUUGCCUUCUUUUCUCUUCAUAAAAAUGAGCUAAAAACAACUAACAGUCCAAACCAUUGGGACAAUUACAAGGCUUGGGACGACCAUGGUCAAGCAGUAAGCAUCUUUUUGGUGGUCAAGAUGACCGUGGUUGUGUCCUUGGAGCCUAUAUCUGAAGUUUGUUUCAGCAAACCAGAAUUUCACAAAGAUUUGAUUGGAGGGGUAAAAAUUCACUUUGAUACAAGUAUUAGCCUGGGCUAUUACUUUGUGAGCACAGCCAUCUAAUUUGGCUGUAAAUGAUUGCAAAGCAUGGUUUCUAGUCUAAAAGUUUCACUGGAGGAGAGAAAAAGAAAAAGAAAAUCUGUUAUGUUUAUCAUCUUGUACAGGUGAAUUCUAUCUGGAAAAGAAUGGUGCAAGAAAUUUUAAAAUUGAUCGCGAAAGUGUUAGCACUCUUCAUCAUUGCUGUUGCUGUUUAUGAUUCCCAGAAUAAGGCAAAUAACAUUACUGCAUGAAUAAUUGGAAUUUAUUUAUCUCAAAGAUAACUUAUUAAUUUUAGAUAAGGAAUAUUACUGAUAACAAUUAACAAUGAUGUUUUCGUUAAGUUUAAACUCUGGUUAUCAGUGUUUAAAAAGGAGGUGGUGGCUUAACAUGAAUUGUAUACAAUUUCCAUUUAUGUAAUUUCCCUUCCAGUAUUUAUUGUCAUAGUUAUAACUAAUAUACUGUAUUCUCUUUUAGUAUUAUCGCUACUCAUACUACUAGGUAGGGUCAUUGUAUAAUAUUAAGUUAUGCAUGCUGAUGACGGCAGGGCUGCACCCCGGGGCUGAGGUCAACACACACACACACACACACAGAGAUAUCCCUUUAUGCAUUUUGAGGGAGUGAUUCCUGGCAGAAUGAUCUGAACCUCGGGGCGACGCCCGCCGAAUAAUGUGACUGUAUUAUUACAUUUCAGUUACAUUGUGUGACAAUCUGGAUUCUGUUCUUAUAUUGAUUUGGUUACAAGGUUGGAGACUUGUAUUUUUGUUUUUACUUACUGUUAAUAUUGAAGAUGUGAACUGUCAUCUUACUUAACCUGCCAGUCUAACUGCAAAGGAACUGUUCUUCCCUAUAGCACUGUCAGCUAAUAUUCUGUAUAAGAUUUACAGCCACUUCUUUAAUAUGUAACUUUAUAUUAUAACAUUGUAGACACUGUAAAUGAUACUUUGUUUUACAAUGUUUCAUAAUUUUGAUAAACUUUUUUUAAAAAAGAAAAAUUCUCUCCUUGGUGGUGGGUUGUUGGAUUGAAGGGGUUUUUAUCACAAAUUCACGUGCCGUUUUUGUUUUUCUUCUUUCUCAGCGAAAUCGCCGUGAGCGUGAUCAUCGUGAUCAGUGGCACUAACCACCCAGGGGAAGGUAACCAGUUAUAUUGAGAGAUAUGAUUUUAUCAUUUCUGAUUAUUUUUUUAUAUAUAAACAUAUUUAUAUUUUUGGGUGUAAUGUUUGAUGCUAAGGGAUUUCAUUUACUUAUAUUUCGUAUGUGUAGCAGUAAACGCACACCUAUUAUAAGAUCUUGUUGCUAUGGCAUGAAAAAAAUUUUUUUUUUUUUUUUUUCAAUUUUUGAUCAGCGAAUCGACUGUGUAUGGACUUGACAGUGGUUAUAGGUUGAGGACAGUUCCUUUGUAUUGGUACAUUGUCAGGGGUGGCAGGUUUACAAAUGGAUAAACUGUUAUGGCUUUUAGCAAGUUGCUUGUAGUUUUAACCACGUACAUUUGUCACAUGUAUAUGUUGAUUUUGAAAAUAUGUUCUAUGAUAUGUGCAUUUUAAAGUGUUGUGUAUAAUUACUGUUGAACUGUUUGUGUUAUUAUCGAUACACAGUGACAAUUAUUUAUACUUCCUUUUUUACAUCAGACAAGUUCAGAUUCAGAAGAAGAAGAAGCGCCAUCAUGAAAGAAAGAAAGAAGAGAGGAUGUUAAGGCUAAGCUUGAUUGUGCUUUACAUGUCUCAAAUGCAUGAACUGCUAUAAGUUUGUGCAGACGGCAAUGUGAGCAUGAAAUCUUACUGUAGGUGGCACUUGUAGUGCCAAGAUGAGACCAAACAUGAUACAGCUAUGCUCAAAGUACUGAUGUGGUAUAACUUUCUGGUUGAAAUUAUAUAGAAAUACAUGAGUAAGAACUUGUACAAUGGCUUUAAAAGGUCAUUGAAGUCUUGAAGUCUUUAAGUUAUAAGGGUUUGGGUGAGCAGAAUGAUGAACCACCCCAGACAAGAGCAAUGCUGUAGACAUUGUAAAUGCAGUGCUGUGUGACUGUAUUCUAUGUAGCUUUAUGGCAGCAAUGUACGGUGUACACCUUACACCCUGAAGUUCAGAUGCUGUCUGUGGGUGCAGUACAUGCAGCUUUAUGAUGGCAGUUCAUGGUGUACACAUCACAUGCUCCAUGGCAACAGUGCAUGUUAUACAUAUUACAUUGCUCCAUGGCAACACUGCAUAGUGUGUGCCUUACACCCUGAAAUUCAGAACAUUGAUAGAGAAACACCUAAGACGACUGAUGGUUAGACCACUUUUUAAAUUCUGUUAACUGGACACAGUUUUGGCAUAGAAUGAAAUGUUAUUCUCUCUCGAUGUUCUUGAGCUGUGGAGUUUUGGGCUUCUCCAGAUACACUUGAAAUGAGUUAUGUAUGUCAUUGGGGAAUUCAAAAAUUUGUGUAUCUGUUAUGAUAAAAAGAUACCAACACAAACAGUCGUUGAGAUUUAAAAAGACUAAUUACUUUAUGUAGAUUUAUAAAUAACAAUGAUUUGUUCUAUAUGCAAUUGAUAAACCAAGUCAUGAUGUUAUAUUGCUACUAGUACUAAUAUAUUGUACAUUAAUGCAUCAAGAGAUGCUCUAAUAAUUUGAUAUCGGCUUUUUUGUAAAUGUGCAAUUUUGUAAUGGAUCUUUUCCUUCCAGCUGUUCUCCUGUUCGUUUAUUUAAUUAAUCUCUGAUCAUUUAGUCUUUCAUCUUAUCAGCUGAGUGGAUGUGUUCUCCCUGAAGUUUAAACACAAGGAACACAAAACGAAGUGCCAUGUUACCCUGUGGGCAGAAUGUGUACACAGGAGCAGUCAAAUUACACUUACUUUUUUUUCGAAAAUUAUUUAAUGAACGGUCAUGGAUUAUCAGAUACUUGUUCUGAAAAUGAGGGCAGGUCAGUAGUUGAUAUGUAUAUUUAUUGAGACGAGGUGAAGUGAAAGGUUUUAUGUAUUUAAAGUGAAAUUUUCAGUAGUGUCUGGGCAAAGAAAUAUAAUCAAAAAUUUUUGUGGGUGGGUGGGUGGGAUUCGACUACUAGUUUUGAUUGUCUUUCAGUGUAAUUUGGAAGCAUCAGCAGAAAUGUUUGAGGUUACUUUUAAAAUGACAUUCAAAUGGGAAUUUUAAUCACCAGCAAGAUUUUAAUGUAUAAUAUUAACAAGACAAACUGGUAGAGCUUUUAAUAUAAAUUAUUAUGUGCACACUUUUAGUUACUUUGUUUUAGAUUGGUCAAGGCAUUUUACUGUUAGAAACAGUCCACACUUCUGUUACCAACUUGUAGGUUAUGAAGCACGAGUUCAAAAUACAGGUAGUUCUGUUUCUGUAGAGUAUGUAGAUUUAUUUGAGUUUGACAGGUUCCUUCUAAAGCUAAAUGCAAAAUUUAAGUCUGGUCUCCUAACCUUGUGUAUAUGCUCAUCAACUGUGCAAGGUCUGGUAAAGGUUGAAGUUAAAAAAGAUAAAAAUCUGUUGAAUUGAAAAGCAGAAGUUGAUAAGCAUGUAUUCACAAUUUCAUUAUGGAUGCACAAGGUUAGUUCUAGUUAGUUCUGUCUUAAAAUACUCAUUAUUAAAACAUAAGUUUCCAUCUUUUGUGAACCAGUUUUCAAUUUUAAACAUAGGAUGUGGUGGUUUUGUUUGAAACAUUUAACUAACUGGAUGGAUAAUCUAACCUAACAUGUCUUGAUGUAAAUGAAUGUGAUAUUUUUUGCAAAUGUGAUGACAGUUUGUGGCAUUGCACCAAGGUUUGUAAUCUCCAGGGAUUUGAUGUGUAGGUGGAUGUGGGCAAACUGUCACUUUGUAAUAUCUAGUUGAUCAAACCUAGGUAAAAAUAUUCAGGCACCUUCAAUGCACCUUUUAUGUACAAUGCCGUAAAACAGGUUUUAAAAAUUUACAGACGAAGAAUUAAGUUUUUAAGAUCAAUAUUCUCUUAUUGUUAAAUUUAAAUGUUAAUUGUGGAUUAAAUUCACUACCAUUUUACCAUACGUACGACCCACCAUUUACAAUAAUAAUAAUAAUAAUAAUAAUACAAACAGGUGAUAUUUACUUGGUUACAAGUUAUAUGUAUUUACAAUUGUCUGUGUAAUUCAUGGAAUUGUUACAAUGUAUCACGUAAUUGUUACAGUGUAUCAUGUAAUUGUUACAAUAUAUCUAUAUGUAUAUGGUUUGUGUAGGCCCUGCUAGCACUGCCAGAGCUUUGUUGAUAGGCUGUCUUGGAUUUGAGGUGAAGGCUGUACAAUGGGUGGGAAUGUCGUCUGCACCAGUCUGAACUCCAUAUAGAAAUAAACUCAAAUGUUAUACA